AUGUCCAAGAACCUUUUAAAUCUCGCACUCAUCUCCCUUGCGACUCUCUCGCCCCAGGUUCUCGCUUCGUAUAACCAAACAGGAUGCUUCUCUAGCCCCGGCGAUCUAACACUGGCCGCUACCUUUGCAUACAUGUCCAUCGGAUACUGCGAACAACAAUGCGGAGCGAAGAAUUCCGUGGCCGCCGUCCAAGGCAGUGAUUGCUACUGCGGGAAGAGCCUCCCCCCAUCUGAUACCCGGGUGUCCGACAAAGAAUGCGAUAUGGCUUGCCCAGGCUAUCCCGCUGACUUCUGCGGCGGCUCCAAAACCUGGACUGUCAUGGCGGAUCGCACCCUCGUCUCCAACGACGGUAACUCCAAGGACACCACCUCCCUGACCGUCAACCCGACCGUCGUGCAAACAGCGACCGCUAUCCUCCCCGGCCAGAAUGGGAAGGGCAUGGAUUCCACCGCGACUAUUCCCGCCGACAUCCUGACCGCGCCGUCCGCCUCGUUCACGAAGCACCCAGGCGUCGCGGACGCCACACCUGCUGCGUCCUCGUCGACAGCUGCGUCCUCCAGCUCUGCCCCAUCCAGUGCAGCAUCGCCAUCCGCUAGCUCUGGGGCCGCAGGGAUCCUAGGCGCUGGCUCGGUUUUGGGGGCGGCUUUGGUCCCAUUGGCUAUGUCUUGGUUCUAA